AGGAAAAAUGAAGCACAUUAUCAAUUCAUAUGAACAUACCAAUGACACAGCAAAAAACAAUUCAGAUUGCCCUGAUGUGGUUUUGCCAGAAGAGAUAUUUUUCACCAUCUCCAUCAUUGGAGUUCUGGAGAACCUGAUUGUCCUCCUGGCUGUGGUCAAGAAUAAGAAUCUCCAGUCCCCCAUGUACUUUUUCAUCUGCAGUUUGGCUGUUUCUGACAUGCUGGGCAGUCUGUAUAAGAUCUUGGAAAAUAUCCUUAUCAUGUUCAGAAACCGGGGUUAUCUCAAGCCUCGUGGCAAUUUUGAAAGUACAGCAGAUGACAUCAUCGACUGCAUGUUCGUCCUCUCUUUGCUGGGCUCUAUCUUCAGCCUGUCUGUGAUUGCUGCUGACCGCUACAUCACCAUCUUCCACGCCCUGCAAUACCACAGCAUUGUGACCAUGCGCCGCACCAUCAUCACCCUAACAGUUAUCUGGAUAUUCUGCACGGGGAGCGGCAUUGCCAUGGUGAUCUUCUCCCACCACGUCCCCACAGUGAUCACCUUCACAUCCCUCUUCCCUUUGAUGCUGGUUUUCAUCCUGUGUCUCUACAUUCAUAUGUUCUUACUUGCCCGCUCCCAUGCUAGGAAGAUCUCCACUCUUCCUAGAGCCAACAUGAAAGGUGCCAUCACACUGACCAUCCUUCUAGGAGUCUUCAUCUUCUGUUGGGCCCCCUUUGUCCUCCAUGUCCUCUUAAUGACCUUCUGCCCAAAUAACCCUUACUGUGUUUGCUACAUGUCUCUCUUCCAGGUCAAUGGCAUGUUGAUCAUGUGCAAUGCAGUCAUUGACCCCUUUAUUUAUGCCUUCCGGAGCCCAGAGCUCAGGGAUGCAUUCAAAAAGAUGCUCUCCUGCUACAGGUAUCAGUAGAAUUUUUGAUCUCUCAUUUCAAUAUUGUAAAGGGACCAAAUGGCAUGACAGUCUGGCAAGUGCUGAUGCUUCUGACCAGCCUUUCUUUCUUUAAUAGAAGGGGAUGAUCCCACUGAUUAGUGUUUCCCUUAGCUGGCUUUCUAAUUAGCAGUCUUGCUGCAGCUGCAAACUUUAUAUUGUAUCUAGAGAGAUGAAAUGAUGGGCUAGAAAGGACAGUAUACAAUGUACACAUAGCAAUACAAAUG